GGAGGAGGAGGAAGAGGAGGAGAAGGAGGAAGAAGAGAAAAAGAAAGAAAGGAAGAAGAAAGAAAGAAAAAAAAGGAAAGCCCUGGAGCAAAUAUUAGUGAUGCAGAGCCCAUCAUUAGAAGUUGAGAAAAUUUCGGCACACUGCUUCACAUUUUCAUCUUCUUACCCUUCAGUUCGAGUGCAAACACCAACACAGAUGUGGAUACCACAUCUGUUUAGACAUAACCACAUGCUAGCCAUACAUGGAAGACGUAGGCAAGAUUCAAAGAAAGUAUAACACAAAUGUCAGCUAAACUGUGAUUGACACAUGCUUGCAAUUCCAAGUGAGGAAACUAAGGCCGGAAGACAAGUUUGAGGCUAGCCAGGACAACACAUCAAGACAAUUAUUUAAAAAACAAAAUAGGACUUCCCCAUGAACGAGGAAUUCUCAGUAAGUGCGGGUCAAAAAAAUAAAUAAAUAACAUAAAAAAAAAAACCAGGGGACAGGGGCAAUGGCUCAGUGGUUAAAAGCAUGAACUGCUUUUACAAAGGAUCCAAGUUUGGUUUCCAGCACCCAAUCAGAUCAUAACUGCCUGUAACUCCAGCUCCAAGGGAUCACACUGACUGGCACCUCCACCAACACACACACAAACACACAAUGACUUUCAAACAUGCAGCAGGUGCCCGGCAACACACGUGGCAUGGCUAAGUGCAGGAGCAGCUUGAGAGAGUUCUCACGGACUGGCUUGUCAGGCCUACAUCACAGUCCCAGCUCUACCGCCAAGCAGCCGUGUGAACUGAGUAAAUUAUGUAACAACUUAUUUUUAUUUACAUUAGUGUUUUGCCUGUAUGUAUGUCUGUGUAAGGGUGUCAGAUCUUGGAAUUACAGACAGUUGUGAGCUUCCAUGUGGGUGCUGGGAAUUGAACCCAGGUCCUCUGGAAGAGCAAUCAGUGCUCUUAACCACUGAACCAUCCAUCUGUCUAGCCCCACCUUUUAAAAUCUUAGCUUCUUCUUCUAAAAGAAGGGGUCCACCAUCUUACCUCACAGGGAGGUUGUGAUCAUGGACAUGGGUGCCUGUCACCUACUGUUUCUCCAGAUGGGAGUGGCCUUCUGACCCUCCAGAGACACAGCCUUGACGCUGUCACACAUUUUAGUGAUGUCACAGCUCACUGCCUGGCAGGUCUAGCGCCAUCAUAUAUUGCUCAGCUCAAGUGCUGGCUGAAGUGAGAGGGGCAGGGUGCAGGCAGUGUGGGGUCCAGUCUUGCUCCUACAGCCCCAGCAUGAAUCCAUCUACAAAGAAGAGGCCCAAGAAUGGAGUGGUUUCCAAGGUCAGACUUUGUCUCAAAGCCCAGGCAAGUGAGAGAUCUUAUCAAUGAUCCAGCCUUUUAGAGAAGGGAAAGGGGAAGGGUGAAAGGAGGCCGGCAGAGUUAAAAUGGUCUCAGGGUACAGUUAAAAUGGUCUCAGGGUACAGUUAAAAUGGUCUCAGUUUUGUUCUAAAGCCAAACUGGCAAGACUCCCAGUCUAGGGUUGGUCAAAGCAUGCUCAGUCAAAUGGAGACACAGUGCAGCAUGCAAGGGGUUUCCUUCUAUGCCAGCUCUCCCUCUCUUCCUGUCUCUCAGAUGCAAGAUGAGAAACUGCAGGACAAGAAAAAUCAGCCUGUCAGCAAACUAAUUGAGCGGAACCGACUUAAAAUGGUAUUAAAAAACUUGUCCCUCUUGAAGUUACUCAAGAGUUCAAAUGACCGGAUCCGAGAACUGCAUAGCCUGGCCAGAAGGUGUUGGAAUUUAAUAAUCAGAGUUCCAAAGAUCCUCCAAAUCUCCUCUGGGGACAACGUAAAAGUGACACAAAAGAAUAAAGAGCUGCAAGACGUUCUGGCCCUGGUGAAGAAAUCAGAAUCCAGGAAAGCAGAGUCCAUAGAGAAACCUAAUGAAAACACGUCAGAGGGGUCACCUGCAGCAGCGUCACGGAGAAAAAAGCAGGCAAAGUCUAAAGUCCCCAAGAUAGCAAAGAAUCAUGGCUUGCUUACCAGAGACCAGAAGAGGAAACCACAUGUUAAGGAGCCCCGAAUUGUCUUCCUGAAGAUCUACAAUCACAGAACUCCCAAGAUGAACAUGAAACCACUGGAUGAAACUGACCAGUUGGUCUGGUUUGAGGGGCUUCCCACACGCAUCCACCCCCCAGGGCGCCGGAUCAUGUGCAGAUCAUCUGCCUUACGCCGCGUCAAGCGCCCCUGUACCCGGUUCUGCUCGGUGUCACUUUGAGCUGCCUGUGUAGCAUCCAUAUGAGGUGGGUAUGACGACACCACUGCCAGGCCAAGGCAAGAUGCAGCCCCUCAUGCAGGCCCACACCUGAGCCCUAGACUCAGGGGUUUGGGUCUUGCUGACUGUGGGUGGCUGGACUGGGAGGCCCCAUACCCAGAGAGAGGAAGCCAUUGACCAGACCACACGGCAGGGUAAUAGCUGGGCUGAGGAUGCAGCUCAGUUGACUGGGCUCUAGGGAAGGUGCAAUGGAAAUGUGGGACCCAGUGUAUCAUCUAGUUGUCUGGAGACCCCAGGAGAGUGGGAACCACCGCUGUGGCCCUGAAUCCCAAAGGAUGUUUAAGCUAGGGAGGAGGGAAGUAGCCACACUGGGCUUUGCUGCAUCUCCUCCCCUUAGGCUAAAUCAACUCUAUUUUAUUUAGUCAUGUUUUAAGUAAGACUUAUGCUAAAAAGAAAAAGUUCUUAAAGACAAGAAACUCUUCCCAUCAUGGCUUGAGGUGCUCAUGAAGGGAAGAGGGCGACUGACUCCUGAGGUCCACCUUAAAGGGUUUCCUUUAAGUUGGAGAUAGCCCCAACUUGCCACAAAAACCAAGGGUCCCAGGCCCUGUGCCCACUCACUGGACAACAGCGCCCCCUGGGGGUGAUUUCUAUGACUAACAUGGAGCUCUCUGCUGGCAGGUGGUGUAACCCUGGAUGGGAACUUGAAGCUUAAGAAGUAGAGAUCCUGCAAUCAGCUAAAGGGAGGGAAGAGCGGGAAUUUCCUGAGUUUACAAUAAAAUCGCUCAUAUGCCACUGAACAGUAUCACCACUGGCUCCGCCUGUCUGGUGCUGGCAAUCACAUACACAUGGAGGGCAAGGAUCCUGGGGGAGGUGCAGGGGGGAGGGGGGAGGGAGUGUGUCGUGGGUCCAUCCCUACGCUCCUAAAGUCAUUUCCUAAAACCACAGCAGAAAAUAUACCAAGUUAUAAUCCUUCAACAUCCCCCACAGGCUGGCUCCUUUGGGCAGUGCACACUUCCUCUAUGAAGUCAUUUGUCUCCUGGGUGCAGGUGCCUCACAAUGGUCCUGUGAGCCAAGGAGAGGCAGAAACUUGUACACCUAUAUAGCAAAUGGCUUACUCAGAGAGGAGGCGCUGGAGCAAAAUCUACCCCCUGCCCCGUCUCCUGGCUUCUCCAUCCCACUUUCCCAAGAGAGGGAAAAGUCACACGCAGAGCCUGCCUUGGCCAAGGGAGUCAUCCCAGAAUCCAGCUCCCCACUGACUAUCAAUGCAUGUGGUGUCAAUAACUGGGCCUCCUGGAUCUCAGAUCAUAGGAAACACCAGGGUAGGUGGGGAGUUGGCACUGUGUCCUACAGUUCAGGUGUAAUAGCACAGUUACCCUGAAGCCCGAUCCCUGGCUGACUUUAUCGGUCAGGAGCACUAUUGUCAGUAGGAACUAUAGGGCCUUGCACACACGGUUGAGGGGAUGGGGCAGGGGAACCCAGGUUUUCUUUGGACAAAGACUAGAACCUUCUAAUAGCCUCCUGAGGCUAGCAGCAAUCAAUGGGUGUGCCUGCAGGUGAGGUACCCGGCCUUUGAGCCACUGAAGGGCAGGGUCGCAGAGCCCUUCUGGAGAGGCAGGGCAGUGAUGACAAGAUCUCAUUUGGGAGGGAGAUUGAUGCGAGGACCGGUGUCUUAACCUUCCUCUCGCACUGCCCCUGCCUACUAUGCCUGGCACUGCCGUCUACAUUGGAGGGGCAGCCUCACAUGGGCCAGUCAGAGCCAAACCUGGCACCAAGGCUGUCCCACUAUCCUGCUUCUGCUCAUGCUUCUUCCUAUGGGAGCAGCCCAGUGCUAUCUGAGCACUCUGUGGCCCUUCUGUACAUCACUGCUCCUGCCAUUUCCCAGCAACCUCUUCCCCAGUCACUCCUUCCAGCUGUUUCCUGCUCAGUGGUCUCCAUCUUGAGUCCCUUCAACCUUGGUAAACUUUUCCUCAAUUUCUUUCCAACCUCCUGCUUAUCAACUGGUAUGGUGAACUUGUGACCUCAGAUGUGUAUCCCUCAGUGGGUGGCCAGGGCAGCAAGCUCUGUCUUCAUGGCAGCCUGUUCAGAGAGGGAUUCAAGUACAGGCCCCACUGGAGAAGGCCUGCUCAGGGCUGGCAAUUUCCCCUGCGUGCCCCAAGAGAAGAUGGCAGCUUAGCCGUGUGGGCAGAGCCUGAGGUCUAGCAUGGCCUGUGGAAGGAAGGCCCAGUAUCUUCUCCAACAGGACUUCUUCCAGCCUCCCCAUGCCCUUGACAUGACCGCCAUCAGCUUACAUCCCACUGCCCACUUUCCUGUAUGUAAGGAAGUCCACUUAAGUCUGACGUUCUUCUGGGUUUGGUAAACCCAUUAUUUGAGGAAAGCGUAUCCCAG